CUUUUGUUUUUAGUUUGCUUUUGCACCCAUCCUUUCCCAAUGUUUUUCUUCUUCUUUCUCCUUUCUUUCAUAUUCUUAUUCUUUUCUUUCCACUACAAUGAACACCAUAACCAACAACAACAGGUACAAGAGGAGGGAAAACCCCAUAAUGAAUCGACCCUUUUGAACGAUACAGAGCCACAAACCCGGGAAAACGACUCCACCCAUUUGCCCCAUUCGCUUCUCCUUGAGAUCAUGCCUCCCGAUUCUGCGAAAUGGGCUAGCUUGUUUACGGGUGAAAACCAACAGAAAGGGGAUGUCGGUCGGUUCGGGUUGGGUCGAGUGGGGAGCAGUGUGAACCGGGUGGUGACUGGUGAGGAUCAGAGGACGAAGAAGAAGAAGAAGAAAAGAGGGAAGAAGAAGAGAUUGAAUUCCAAAAGCCAAGAAGAAAAUGGUGAAGAAAGGUGUAGCUUUUCGGAGGACGAUAAGAAGAAAAGGAAAGAAUCGGGUCUUGUUUGCUUGUACCCAUUUACAUCAACGGGUAGUGCAACGCAGAGAAAGAUCAAGCAACAGUAUGAUCAGCUUGUUAAGUGCCAUGAAGACAAAGGAUUAACAUUGAUUCAGGUUGGAGACUUUGCUAAUUGCUUGAUUGAAGCUAGGAUUGAACUGCAACACAAGUUUGAGGUCAUCAAAUGUAAGUUUACAAUAACAAAGGCUCUACUAUUCAAAGCAGAUCGAUCAUCAUUUGAUUCAGUAGAUAUACAAGCUAGAAAUGGAACAGAAGAGAUUCUAAGAGGAUGCAUUUGUCUAUAACUGGCUCCAACAGCAACUUAAACUAUCACCGGCAUAUAAGAAGAUUCUAGAAGUUUGUACUUGCAUGGAGUCAAAGGGAAACACUGGUGAGCUGAUGGAAGACACAGAUACGGCUCGAAGAGCUAUUAGCUCAGGAAAAGAAGCAUUCAUUUUGGCAGAAAAAUGGGAAAUCAAGAUUAGCCUCAAAUUGAUGACAACAUUUGUUUAAGCUAAUUCGACCAAGAAACCGCCCCACUUUUCGUAGUACAUAUCUUCGAAUUAUGUUUCUUUAGUUUUUGCAGCAAAAUCAUUGUCAUAAUUUCAGUUUUCACAGGCUCAUCCAUGGGAGCUAUUCGUACAGAACGACAAAGCUCUCUGAUCAUUCCACGUCAUGUUUUCAGCUGAACUUUGGUCUUCAGCUAGCACAGACAACUCCAACUUUUGAGAUCCAAGCAUCGGCCUAUUUCAUCGCUGAAAUCUUUAUAUAUUGCAUCGAUGUUGCCUUCCUUUUAGUUGAUCUAAGGAGUUUAGGUUCGAGUAAAGCAAAUUAUAUAGCUCAAAACAUCUGCAUCCAGAUUGAAGCUAUGAAUUAUAGAAGGGCUGGUGUUAUUGUAGUUUAUACAGAACUUGAAAAUAUUACUGUUUAAUACGAAGAAUACCGUUUU